AUGGCUAGCCCACAGGUUCUCGUGUUCGAUGCUGAGGGCCGCCCUGUGAAGUUUGACACCUGGCUCGAUGACCUGCACCUCUACCUACAGCUCACAGCCAAGGAUGACAUCUCACUGUACGAUCACGCCCUAGGCCAUGUCACUGCCCCUGCUGCUUUUGCUGAGAGCACUGCUCGCUCACAGUGGCAGACUCGUGAUGCCCACGCUCGCUUCGCCAUUCGCAACUCCCUGCCGAUAGACGAACGCGAGCACUUUGGUCAACACAAGACUGCACAGGCACUGUACACAGCUGUAGUUGCUCGCUACUCCUCACCUGCCUCUGCCGCACUAGGCCGUCUCUCCCUCCCCUACCUGUUUCCCGACCUGGCCUCCUUUCACACAGUCGCUGACCUCAUCACGCACCUCCGUACUAGUGAGGCCCGCUUCCGUGCCGCCAUGCCUGCUGAGCUCCUUGCCACGCACCCCCCUCCACUCUGGCUCACUCUCUACCACCUAGUCACCCGCCUCCCUGACACACUGCGUGCUGUCAGGGACCACUUCCUAGCUCGUUGCCCCACUGAGCUCACCAUUGCCCUCCUCGAGAAGGAGCUACUUGGAGCUGAGACUAGCAUAGUCGCUGUAGGUGCCUCUCGUGGCGACCCCCUUACCCCGUUCUUUGAGGGGUGUUCUCCUUCCCCCCUUCUUCCCUCUGUCGCCUCUGCUGCUGCUGUCGACCUUCUUGGUACUGAGAAGGUCGGCGCUGCGUCUGCCUCGAGCGGACGCCGCAGCGGCAAAGGCAAAGGGGGCAAGGGUGGUGGCGGUGACGGCGGGGGAGGCGGCGGUGGGGGCGGUGGAGGCAGUGGGGGUGGUGGCUCGGCUGGAGGGGCGAGUGGUAGCGGUGGGGGUGGUGGCGGCAGCGGCGGGGGAGGUGGCAGGAGUGGAGGCGGCGGUUGGGGUGGCGGUGGACGAGGCGGCGGCAGGGGUUGGGGUGGUCGAGGAGGUGGCAGCGGUGGUGGUGGCCGUGGAGGGGAUUGA